AAGACAUCGCCUGCUGUAGGCUAUUCUAAUUCAGUGUCAAAUCUGGAUUUAAUUUGUCAUUUUGCAAGUUUAAUAUUUUAAUUUGUUAACAUGUAAGCAUCUUUGAAUUCUAGAGACAUGCCAUAAAACAACUUAUCAUGCAUAUAAUUAUAAAAUACCUGCCUCUGAUUCUUUACACGUGGAUUUUUGUCUCUUCUUACAUUCGUGCAGAUAUACCAAAUGCAAGCCUAUGGGGAAAAAGGGUGAACUUUUGGAGUCGAACUUGUCUUUGGCAGCUGCGUAAACAGUGUAUUAUACCACCCCUUGAGGAACUGAGUGUAUGUGUUGACCUUAGGCGACAGCUUAGUACUUCUGAAUGGACUGCUUUUGUUUACAAAGGUCCCGGGCAACAAGAUGUGGAACUUGGCUUGGCUGGGGUCGGGGGCAAUUUAAAAGCCUCCCUUUUUGGAAAAGAAUGGAUUGUUGCACAAGACCUGCCUCUUUACAUGUGGCACACGGUGUGUCUGACCUGGUCAAGCCACACCAGGCUUUUCGAGCUGAUUGUAAAUGGGACUAAUCACACAUUUAAUUUAAAUGAGACGUUUCCAAGGUUCCUUGAAACAAAUGGAACCCUGACUUUAGGAGUGUCACAUAGUUAUGUCGGAGGUGUUAUAGAUUUCGAAACUGGGAAAAACUUCCUUGGGGACCUGUAUCUGUUCCGAAUGUGGGGCGAGCAGUUGAGUGCUCUGCAGUUGGAUGCAAGAAAGUGUGUAGAUGGGAAUAUUGUGAGUUGGAGAGAGAAAGACUGGCACUAUCAGGAAUGCCCACCGAUUUCAGACCAAAGCUUAAAGUGUGAAUGGUCAAAAUAUCAAAUUAAAAUGAACACGUCUAUUAAACAGAAGACUAAUAAUGACUACACUGAGAAUGAAAUGAAGAAGAUUGUUCUCACCUGGCUUGGGAAUGUUUUUCCUAAAGACAUAUCAGUACAUUCUGUGUUCCUAUCAAAGUUAAGCUCCCCAACAGGUGGUGAUUUAGAUCAAAACAAUGAUAUGCAAAAAAAGGUUGCAAGCACAUUAAACAAGAAACAAUGGUUUGACUGUCUGGUGUUUGUGAAAAAAACACCUGGUGCUGACGUGAGUGAAACUGAGGCUGAGAUAGAGAAGCUCCUAAAACCCAGCUACAAAUAUGAAGACAUCAUCCUAAAAACCGAUCCAACAUCUAUAAGCGUCCUCUCAGUAGCCCACUUUCCCAAUGAUGACCCUGAUUUGACUACUGCUGUCACUACUAAGUAUUCAAACAUAGGAACUACAAACAUUACAGCAUCAGUAACUCCGACAUCAUUACAGACAAGGGAAAUGGAAAGCACAAGGUCUUCAACUACAAUUUCAAAGAUAGAUAUAGAUUUUGGAGACACUUUUUAUAGAGUUUAUCUCAACCUAACAAUGAGUGGCAGUAUUACAUCCCCAGAAAACACACUACAGCAAUGGCUUCAGCAAACACUGGGAGAUCAUGCAAUGGAACCACUAAAUAUUGUACUAACAGGAUUUUCAAAGUACAUCAGCAGCUUUCAGGUUAAAGCAUCUGGAAAAGUGGAUGUCAUAGAGACAAAGAGGCUAAUGGUGAAUCUUUUAACACAAGGAUACUCCAACAUUUCCAUUAAUAUCACUGUUCCAAAUAAUGAAGUCAACAUCCUCCAUAUAGAACCAGGUCUUUGUCCUGAGGAAACUAUGCACACAGUGUAUGGGAUUUACAUAUGGCCCGAAAUGACGGCUCAAAACACAUAUUCAAUGGGUUGUGAGAAAGGUGAUGAAGAUGCUUCAAGGUUUUGUAAAUUAAACGGGGCAACUGAUAGAGCAGUUUGGGAUCCACCAGACAUGAGCAUGUGUAUGACGACUGUAUCAGGUUUUGAUGAUUUAGAGAAUAUUGAAGUUACAGUUAACAAUUCGGCAAAUAUUGUGAAUCUGAUUGCUGAUCUGCUAAAUAAACAGAACAGUCUGAGUGAUAAGCAGCUGAACAUUGUGCUUAAUAAAUUGUCUGCAGUUACUAAGGUUGCCACCUUGACCACAGAGCUGUCCAGCAGCAUUGUUAAUAUACUUUCAGAUAUCUGCGAAUACACAACUAACCUCGCCCAAGUCACCAAUGAAAUUCUUUAUAUCACAGAUCUUAUGGGAGACAGAACGGAGUUUGACGGAGCUGAUCAUAACAUAACAGCACCUUCGUUAGCUCUGCAGUUGAUUAACCCAGACACCUCUCAGUUCUCCGGCCUCACAUUUGGGGUGUCCUCCUUUCAGACUGGUUUCAACCCUGAGAUAUUUUUUAACAAGGUGUUUUCAGAGGAACCAGACACAAUACAUGUGGCAUCCAUAUCUUUACCUUCUACUGUUGAGAACUUUUUCCCAAACAAUGAAGCCAUACCUCGGGUCCAGUUUCAUUUCUAUGGCAAAGAAAAUCUCUUUCAGGACACUCAAAGCGGCGUGAUCCUGAACUCUUACGUGGUGUCCGCAAGUAUCACCAACGCCAAAGUGAGCGAUCUUGAGAUUCCAGUGGUGGUCACUUUCCAAAAUCUUCAACAGAAAGAGGAUCAAAACAUUGUCAAAUGUGUCUUCUGGGAUUUCAAUAAGAACAGCGGCAGAGGCGGAUGGAAUGAUACAGGAUGUGAAGUGAAGACGUCAAACGCCACUCAUACACUUUGUUACUGUGAUCACCUCACACAUUUUGGAGUUCUCCUGGACAUAUCUAAAACUCCAAUAAAACCAGAAGAUGAAAAGAUUUUAACAGUCAUCUCAUAUCUGGGAAGUGGUGUAUCCUGCAUCUUUCUUGGAGUCACCCUGCUGACCUAUGUGGCCUUUGAGAAACUGAGGCGGGACAAUCCUUCAAAGAUCCUCAUCAACCUCUCCGUGGCCUUGCUGGGAUUAAACAUGUUAUUCCUGGUGAACUCCUGGUUUGCCUCUUUUAACAACGAUGGGCUCUGUAUUGCUGUAGCUGCCGUUUUACAUUACUUUUUCCUGGCUGCCUUUACCUGGAUGGGUCUGGAGGCCAUUAACAUGUAUCUGGCCUUGGUCAAGGUCUUUAAUUCAUAUGUGCCAUCAUACAUCCUUAAAUUCUGUGCUCUUGGAUGGGGUUUACCUCUGGUGGUUGUGAGUUUUGUACUUGCUAUUGAUGCAGAUUCAUACGGCAACAGUUUCUCCAAAAUAUCUCUUGAGAAAUCCACUCCAUUUUGCUGGGUAAACAAGGACAUAACUUUUUACGUGACGGUAAUUUCGUUCGUGAUACUGAUUCUGGUCUGCAAUAUUGCUGUGUUCAUCGUGGUGCUUGUCCAGAUCAAGAGAAUGCGGGUUAAUAAGCCCUUAAGCAGCAGAAAAGGACUGCUGCAUGACCUACGGGUGGUGGCAAGCCUCACGUUCCUGCUGGGACUAACUUGGUUACCAGCUUUCUUAGCCUGGGGUCCAGCCAAAACACCUCUUCUUUACCUGUUCUCCAUCCUGAACAGUCUUCAAGGAUUCUUUAUCUUCCUGUUUUAUUGUUUGAUGAAAGACAAUGUAAGGAAACAGUGGAGGAUACACCUCUGUUGUGGAAGUUUCAGACUCACUGAAUAUUCAGAUUGGAGCCGCUCUGUGACAGUGGGGGCCAAAGUUAAAGGAGGUCUACAAGUCUCAACAUCUACAAAGUCAGAGACAUCCAGUGACAGGAAGAUCUCGGACUCCUCCCACUGAGGGUCCAACCAUGAUCACG